AUGCUCCCCGAUCUGCCACCCGCAGAACUGGUCCGGCAGCUGGGUGGGGCGGGGCGGGGCGGACGCGCCACGUCUCGUGACGAAUCAACAGCGCUGGGCAUGAUUCAAAAGACCGAGGAGCCAAUAGGAACCCUGGGAGGGGCGGGGCGAGGAGAGGGCAGGGUCGGGGAUGCGCGCGCCCGGGCCGCGGGAUCGCGGAGCGCGAGAGCACGAGAGCGGGCAGUGUCGCGCGCGCGGAACCGCCGCCGGGUUGCUGCUCCGCGACUCUCCCCUAGUCGUUCGCGUUCCCGCAGGAUCACCGAGCAGGUGAGCUCCCGAAACCCCGCCCCGCUCCCCUCAGCGCGGUCUCCAAGGGAUCUGGGGGAGGCCAGCGGGGAGGGUGCGGCGGAUGGGCAGGGGUCCCGGGGCGCCUGGCGUGGAGCGGCGGCUUCGCCCUCCCCUUCUCCGGGUCGGUCGGGGCGGCUGCUGGCGAGGCUCGAAGUGCGCCCGGCCCGGCCAGCUGCGGAAAUGAAGCUGUGGUUUUAA